AUGAGCAUAACAGAAAUCCUGUAUCUAAGUCUCAAUCUCCGAAUUUAUAGACCUUUUGAUAUCGAAACUUUGUCCGACGUCGGAAUACCAAGCGACCAGCCCACGCCAUCUACUCAUAUACCGAAUCACUACAAAGUCAUUGCUUCAAAACAGCAGUCACCUAGACCUGAAGUCUUUGAGAGGCUCGAAUCGCGACCUCAGCAGAUAUUACGAAUAUCGCGCAUUGCUACAAAAGAGUCAGAUGUCUUCCCGCCAGAUUCUCUGUCAAUAAACGCGCCAGGGAAAGACGAGUUUUCCCCACCGCACUUCGAGGUCGGUAAUGAUGGCUCUGCAGCAGAUAUCGAAGCUAUUCCUUUGACAACUAUGACAGCAAUCGGUCUGAAUAUCACAUCGCCACCAAAAUCCAGCGCACGAGUAGCAUAUCUCCUUAGCGUCGCUUCCAGAGCAGUCCGCCAUCUUUCACACGCUUUGAUACAAGCGUUGAUGUUCACAUUUACUGCUAGUCAUCUCGCGCAGAAGCGUUGGCCAAGCAUCAAAGACUCUGAUCUCCAGUCUACAAGGGUAGCCUGGGGUUUACACCCACUGGCACACUUUAUUAUCAGUGAGCUGAAUCAGAAGCAUGCCAGUAAUGAUGCGCUAUUAGCAAUAGAAUGCAAGCCAACCGUUCAAAAGAUACAUCUAAACUCUACCAUACAAGCAAAUACCAAACAGGGACUACGCGAACGGAAGGAACACAACUUAGCAACACCACAGCUGCACGAGCAGGUAUUUCCACUGUUUAGACAAGAAGAGCGAAGGAUCAAGCAACAGCACUUGACCAGAAGAAAAUCUGUUACCAGUCGAGUAUCCUACGAAGUUGCCUUUAUAGCAAUAAAGUCUGCUACGGCUGAACUACGACAAGCUUCGGACGGCCGGAGGAUAUAG